AUGUCGUAUAACGAUAAUAACCCCAAUUAUUAUGAUCCCAAUCAACAGGGUGGUCAUAAUGGUGCACCACCACCUCCAGCACCACCACCUGUGGAUGGAUACUAUCAACAACCAUAUGAAGAUAUGAAUCAACCGAAUCAAGAGUAUUAUGACCCAAAUCUUCAAUACCAACAACAACCUUAUGACAUGGAUACAUAUCAAGAUGGAAGUCAAUAUGGAAGUCAAUAUGGAGGACAACCGAUGAAUGCACAAGGCUACAAUGCUGAUCCAGAAGCUUUUUCUGAUUUCAGUUAUGGUGGUCAAGGAACUGGUACUCCAGGAUAUGAUCAAUAUGGUACCCAAUAUACUCCUUCACAAAUGAGCUAUGGUGGUGAUCCAAGGGCAUCAUCAGGUGCUUCUACUCCUAUUUAUGGUCAAGGUCAAGGUUAUGACCCAACCCAAUUUCAAAUGUCAUCCAAUUUACCAUAUCCAGCAUGGUCAGCCGACCCACAAGCACCAAUUAAAGUUGAGCAUAUUGAAGAUAUUUUCAUUGAUUUAGCUAAUAAAUUUGGUUUUCAAAGAGAUUCUAUGAGAAAUAUGUUUGAUUAUUUCAUGACUUUAUUGGAUUCAAGAUCAUCUCGUAUGUCACCAGCUCAAGCUUUAUUGAGUUUACAUGCCGAUUACAUUGGUGGUGAUAAUGCAAAUUAUAGAAAAUGGUUUUUCUCAUCUCAACAAGAUUUAGAUGAUUCAUUAGGUUUUGCUAAUAUGAGUUUAGGUAAAAUUGGUAGAAAAGCCAGAAAAGCUUCCAAGAAAUCAAAGAAGGCUAGACAAGCUGUUGAAGAACAUGGUCAAGAUGUUGAUGCUCUUGCCAAUGAAUUAGAAGGUGAUUAUUCAUUAGAAGCUGCUGAAAUUAGAUGGAAAGCCAAGAUGAACACUUUGAGUCCAGAAGAAAGAGUUCGUGAUAUUGCUCUUUAUUUGUUAUUAUGGGGUGAAGCUAAUCAAGUUCGUUUUACUCCUGAAUGUUUGUGUUAUAUUUACAAAGCUGCAUUUGACUAUUUGCAAUCUCCAUUAUGUCAACAAAGACAAGAACCAGUUCCUGAAGGUGAUUAUUUGAACCGUGUUAUCACUCCAUUAUAUAGAUUCCUUAGAUCACAGGUUUAUGAAGUUUAUGAAGGUAGAUUUGUGAAACGUGAAAAAGAUCAUAAUAAAGUCAUUGGUUAUGAUGAUGUGAAUCAAUUAUUUUGGUAUCCAGAAGGUAUUUCAAGAAUUAUGUUUGAAGAUGGUACAAGAUUGGUGGAUAUUCCAAAAGAAGAACGUUAUUUAAGAAUGGGUGAAGUUGAAUGGGGUAAUGUUUUCUUUAAGACAUAUAAAGAAAUUAGAACUUGGUUACAUUUUAUCACUAACUUUAAUAGAAUUUGGAUUAUUCAUGGUACUGUUUAUUGGAUGUAUACUGCUUAUAACUCCCCAACAUUAUAUACUAAGGGUUAUGUUCAAACUAUGAAUCAACAACCUCUUGCUUCUUCAAGAUGGGCUGCUUGUGCUAUUGGUGGUGUUGUUGCAUGUCUUAUUCAAAUCUUUGCCACUCUUUUUGAAUGGAUGUUUGUUCCAAGAGAAUGGGCCGGUGCUCAACAUUUGACUCGUCGUUUAGUAUUUUUGAUUUUGAUUUUCUUACUUAACUUGGUUCCAGUUGUUUAUACAUUCUACAUUACUGGAUUAACAUUAUAUUCAAAAUCUGCACUUGCUGUUUCCAUUGUUGGGUUCUUUAUUGCCAUUGUUACUUUAUUUUUCUUUGCAAUUAUGCCAUUGGGUGGUUUAUUUACUUCAUACAUGAACAAGAAAUCCAGAAAAUACAUUUCAUCUCAAGCUUUUACUGCUAACUUUAUCAAAUUGAAGGGUUUAGAUAUGUGGAUGUCUUACUUAUUAUGGUUAUUAGUUUUUGUUGCUAAAUUAUCUGAAUCUUAUUUCUUCUUGACUUUGUCUUUAAGAGAUCCAAUUAGAGAUUUAUCCACUAUGACUAUGAGAUGUGUUGGUGAAGUUUGGUAUAAACAAGCUAUUUGUACCAAUCAAGCAAAGAUUGUUUUGGGUUUGAUGUAUCUUGUUGAUUUGUUAUUGUUCUUUUUGGAUACUUAUAUGUGGUAUAUUAUUUGUAACUGUAUCUUUUCCAUUGGUCGUUCAUUCUACUUGGGUAUUUCCAUCUUAACUCCAUGGAGAAACAUUUUCACCAGAUUACCAAAGAGAAUUUAUUCCAAGAUUUUAGCUACUACUGAAAUGGAAAUCAAAUAUAAACCAAAGGUUUUAAUUUCACAAAUUUGGAAUGCUAUUGUUAUUUCAAUGUACAGAGAACAUUUAUUAGCUAUUGAUCAUGUUCAGAAAUUAUUAUAUCACCAAGUCCCAUCUGAAGUUGAAGGUAAGAGAACUUUAAGAGCUCCAACUUUCUUUGUUUCCCAAGAUGAUAACAAUUUUGAAACUGAAUUCUUCCCAAGAAACUCUGAAGCUGAAAGAAGAAUCUCAUUCUUUGCUCAAUCAUUAGCUACUCCAAUUCCAGAACCAUUACCAGUUGAUAACAUGCCAACAUUUACUGUUUUCACUCCUCAUUAUUCUGAAAAGAUCUUACUAUCAUUGAGAGAAAUUAUUAGAGAAGAUGAUCAAUUUUCCAGAGUUACUUUAUUGGAAUACUUGAAACAAUUGCAUCCAGUUGAAUGGGAAUGUUUUGUUAAGGAUACUAAGAUUUUAGCCGAAGAAACUGCUGCCUAUGAAAAUGGUGAUGAUUCUGAAAAAUUAUCUGAAGAUGGUUUGAAAUCCAAGAUUGAUGAUUUACCUUUCUAUUGUAUUGGUUUUAAGUCUGCUGCUCCUGAAUAUACUUUAAGAACUAGAAUUUGGGCUUCUUUAAGAUCUCAAACUUUAUAUAGAACUGUUUCAGGUUUCAUGAAUUAUGCUAGAGCUAUUAAAUUAUUAUACAGAGUUGAAAACCCAGAAUUAGUUCAAUACUUUGGUGGUGAUCCAGAAGGUUUAGAAAUGGCUUUAGAAAGAAUGGCUAGAAGAAAGUUUAGAUUCUUAGUUUCUAUGCAAAGAUUAUCGAAAUUCAAAGAUGAUGAAAUGGAAAAUGCUGAAUUCUUAUUACGUGCUUAUCCAGAUUUACAAAUUGCUUAUUUGGAUGAAGAACCUGCCUUGAAUGAAGAUGAAGAACCAAGAGUUUAUAGUUCCUUGAUUGACGGUCAUUGUGAAAUGUUAGAAAAUGGAAGACGUCGUCCUAAAUUUAGAGUUCAAUUAUCUGGUAAUCCAAUUUUAGGUGAUGGUAAAUCUGAUAAUCAAAAUCAUGCUGUUAUUUUCCAUAGAGGUGAAUAUAUUCAAUUAGUUGAUGCCAAUCAAGAUAAUUAUUUGGAAGAAUGUUUGAAGAUUAGAUCUGUUUUAGCUGAAUUUGAAGAAUUGAAUGUUGAACAUGUUAAUCCAUAUGCUCCAAACUUGAAAUCUGAAGAUGAAAAGGUUAAGAAGGAUCCAGUUGCUUUCUUGGGUGCAAGAGAAUAUAUUUUCUCUGAAAACUCGGGUGUUUUGGGUGACGUUGCUGCUGGUAAAGAACAAACUUUCGGUACAUUAUUUGCAAGAACAUUGGCUCAAAUUGGUGGUAAAUUACAUUAUGGUCAUCCUGAUUUCUUAAAUGCUACAUUUAUGUUAACUAGAGGUGGUGUUUCUAAGGCUCAAAAGGGUUUACAUUUGAAUGAAGAUAUUUAUGCUGGUAUGACUGCUAUGAUGAGAGGUGGUAAGAUUAAACAUUGUGAAUAUUAUCAGUGUGGUAAAGGUAGAGAUAUGGGUUUCGGUUCUAUUUUGAAUUUCACUACUAAGAUUGGUGCUGGUAUGGGUGAACAAAUGUUAUCCAGAGAAUAUUAUUAUUUAUCUACUCAAUUACCAUUAGAUCGUUUCUUAUCAUUCUAUUAUGGUCAUCCAGGUUUCCAUAUCAAUAAUAUUUUCAUUCAAUUAUCUUUACAAGUUUUCAUUUUGGUUUUGGCUAAUUUAAACUCAUUGGCUCAUGAAGCUAUUAUCUGUUCAUAUAAUAGGGAUGCUCCAAUUACUGAUGUUUUAUAUCCAUAUGGUUGUUACAAUUUGUCUCCAGCUGUUGAUUGGAUUAGACGUUAUACUUUAUCCAUUUUCAUUGUUUUCUUCAUUUCAUUUAUUCCUUUGGUAGUUCAAGAAUUAAUUGAAAGAGGUGUUUUGAAGGCAUUGCAAAGAUUCCUUAGACAUUUUAUUUCAUUAUCUCCAAUGUUUGAAGUUUUCGUUGCUCAAAUCUAUUCUUCAUCUAUUUUCACUGAUUUAACUGUUGGUGGUGCUAGAUAUAUUUCAACUGGUAGAGGUUUUGCUACUUCAAGAAUUCCAUUUUCAAUUUUAUAUUCCCGUUUUGCUGAUUCAUCUAUUUAUAUGGGGGCAAGAUUGAUGUUGAUUUUAUUAUUUGGUACAGUUUCUCAUUGGCAAGCACCAUUAUUAUGGUUCUGGGCAUCAUUAUCUUCAUUAAUGUUUUCACCAUUCAUUUUCAACCCACAUCAAUUUGCUUGGGAAGAUUUCUUCAUUGAUUAUAGAGAUUUCAUUAGAUGGUUAUCAAGAGGUAAUACUAAAUGGCAUAGAAAUUCCUGGAUUGGUUAUGUUAGACUUUCAAGAUCUCGUAUUACUGGUUUCAAACGUAAGUUAACUGGAGAUGUUUCUGAAAAAUCUGCUGGUGAUGCUUCAAGAGCUCAUAGAUCCAAUAUUAUAUUUGCUGAUUUUAUCCCAUGUCUUAUUUAUACUGCUGGUCUUUAUGUUGCAUUUACAUUUAUUAAUGCACAAACUGGUGUUACUAGAUAUCCAUAUGAAAUUGGUGGAUCUACUACUCCACAACCAGUUAAUGCUACAUUGAGAGUUGUUGUUUGUGCAUUAGCUCCAGUUGUUAUUGAUAUGGGUGUUUUAGCUGUCUGUGUUGCUAUGGCAUGUUGUGCUGGUCCAAUGUUGGGUAUGUGUUGUAAGAAGACUGGUGCAGUUAUUGCUGGUGUUGCUCAUGGAAUUGCAGUUGUUAUUCAUAUUAUUUUCUUCCUUGUUAUGUGGGUUACUGAAGGUUUCAAUUUUGCUAGAACUUUAUUAGGUCUUGCUACAAUGAUUUAUAUUCAAAGAUUAUUAUUUAAAUUCUUAACCUUGACUUGUUUGACUAGAGAAUUUAAGAAUGAUAAGUCUAAUACUGCUUUCUGGACUGGUAAAUGGUAUAAUACUGGUAUGGGAUGGAUGGCAUUCACACAACCAUCUCGUGAAUUUGUUGCUAAAACCAUUGAAAUGUCUCAUUUUGCUGGUGAUUUUAUUUUAGCUCAUAUUAUUUUAUUCUGUCAAUUACCAAUUUUAUUUAUUCCAUUAGUUGAUAGAUGGCAUUCAACUAUGUUGUUUUGGUUAAAACCUUCCAGAUUAAUUAGACCACCAAUUUAUUCAUUAAAACAAGCAAGAUUAAGAAAGAGAAUGGUUAGAAAGUAUUGUACAUUAUAUUUCCUUGUUUUGUUAUUAUUUGUUGUCAUUAUUGCUGCUCCAGCUGCUGCAUCUAGUCAAAUUUCUGUUGAUCAAUUUGCAAAUAUUGGUAGUGCUGGUUCGAUUACUGCUGGUUUAUUCCAACCAAGAAACGUUAGUAACAAUGACACUGGUAAUCAUAGACCUAAAGAUUAUACUUGGAGUUAUUUGAGUACUAUGGUGAAGACUAAGACUAAGGGGUUCUCAACUAAUCCAUUCUAA